AUUUUAAAAAAAAACUUUUUUUUUUGUAACUAUUAUUUUUUUACCUUUUUAUUUUAAAAACAUAAUAUAAGUUGACAAUAUUUUGUUUCCUUUUUUAGAAGAUAUCGAAUUUGAAAUAAUGAAAUCCUAUUGGUUGGUGAACCUAGAGAUUCACCUUAGGGGGUGAACCCAAGAAUUACUCAUAUUUGGAUGUCCAUGUAGCUCAAAAAUUGCUAAUGAUAGUAGAUUGAGUCUAAGAUUCAGGUUUAUGAUGAUAAAAAUUAAAUAGGCUUUUACUAAAUAAGCCCAUGAAGCCAUGAUGUGUUGAUAGAUUCAGAUUCAUUAAGUAAACUGUAAACCACGGACAAGGAGCAAGUAGUUUGCAACUUCUUAAACUGAACUCAUGGCUUCUUUUUGGAUGACCGUUGCAACGGCCAAGAAGACUUGGACGCCGUCGAGAAAAAUUCAAGGACAUUAUAUUUUCUCUGUUAGUCAGAGAGAGAGACCCAAGAGAACAUACAUAUCGAUGAAGCAGAAAGAAGAUGAGGAGAAUGUCUAAUGACCAUGUGAGUUUACUAUUAGACUUUUUAUUUAUUUUAGCUAUCUCUUGUUAACAAUAUGUCUCUGUCAAUGAACCAAAUUAGGUAAUAGGAAACGGUUAAUUUAGACAAGAAAGAGAGGAAUAAACGGCAAAAAUGAAGCGUUGAGAGAUGAGAGGCUAAGAACAUUUCACUCCCUCCAUCUCUUUUGCAUCUCCUCAUGUCUCUUCCUCUCUCUCUGCUUUUCCAGGCUGAGACACUAUUAAGGGAAUAAACCAAACUAACGUUUACAAUAGACAAGCCAAUUAAAGUCCUCUUUGAAUCUUGGAACAUUACUAAUUGUUUUCUUUUAGAGUUUGUGAUUCGUAUUCUAGGAACUAACACUUAAUGUCACAUGCAUUUAAACAUGGUCCGUGUUCUUGAUUUCUUGAAAACAUUGUUUGUGUUAUUAUAACUAUCGCAUUACAAUCUCUUUUUUUCCUUUUUAGAGUUUGACAUGAUUUGAUUUUCCCUCACUUUGUCUUUUAAAUCAACAAGGAAGCGUUUGAUCAUAUCAGGUAAAAAAAAGUGAUUCUAAAAUAUUUUGUCUCUUUGAACAAGCAUCUUGAGGUUAACGAGAUUGGUCCCUGCAGGCAAGAGCUGUCUUAUAACCAAAAGAUAUUCCAAAGAUGGACUUAGCUUCCAAGAAGAGCACAUCUAAUGACACCACCAAGGAGAUAGACCCUACCUUGAUACCCAAGUCACCUCACGCUCCAUUUUCUCUUAAACUAGGAGACAAUGUUCCGAGAAACCCUCAUUUUGAUCUCAAAAAGAUGGAUCCCCUCGUCAGACACCAACCCUCAAAGUCACCUGAACCCCCCACCGCAACCAGAGGGGGAACCAACGAGGCUGAUUCAAAGCACAGCGAAGGUGAUGGCUUAGGAACGAGGAAGAAUCCUCCUAAGAAUCUUCACUAUGAUCCCAAGAAGAUUGUUCCAUUAACCACACCUGAAACACCCUCACCAAGCGCCAGAACUCAUCCUCAACGUAGGACAAAAUCUCCAGACAACAAGAGAGCCCCCAGACACAAUGCAGACUCUGCCUAUGGUGAUUGCCCUUCAGCUACACCUUUCAAGCCUCACACGGGAGGUGACGUGAGAUGGGACGCAAUUAACUCGGUUACUUCAAGAGGGCCUCAGAUAGGUCUAGACAGCUUCAGGCUUCUGAAACGUCUAGGGUAUGGGGACAUAGGCAGCGUCUAUCUCGCUGACUUGCAAGGGACAAGUGCGGUUUUCGCAAUAAAGGUGAUGGAUAAGGCCUCGUUGGCUAGUAGAAACAAGUUGCCGAGGGCUCAGACCGAAAGAGAGAUCUUAUCCUUGCUUGAUCAUCCCUUCUUGCCAACCCUUUAUUCUUACUUUGAGACCGACAAGCUCUACUGCCUUGUCAUGGAGUUCUGCAGCGGAGGAAAUCUACAUUCUCUCAGACAGAAGCAGCCCAACAGGCGUUUCACAGAAGAAGCCGCGAGGUUCUACGCGUCUGAAGUGUUACUAGCAUUGGAGUAUCUACACAUGUUGGGAGUUGUAUACAGAGACUUGAAGCCAGAGAACAUUUUGGUUCGAGACGAAGGACACAUAAUGCUUUCAGACUUUGACCUUUCCCUCCGUUGCACCUUUAACCCCACUCUCGUGAAGUCCUCCUCCGUCUGUAGCGGAGGAGGUGCUAUCCUCAACGAGGAGUUCGCCGUCAACGGCUGCAUGCAUCCCUCAGCCUUCCUCCCACGUCUCCUCCCUUCCAAGAAAACACGCAAAGCCAAGUCCGACUCCGGCCUUAACGGCCUCUCCAUGCCAGAGCUCAUGGCUGAGCCAACAGAUGUACGGUCAAUGUCCUUUGUGGGCACACACGAGUACUUAGCUCCAGAGAUCAUACGUGGCGAGGGACAUGGAAGUGCUGUAGACUGGUGGACGUUCGGGAUCUUUCUCUACGAGCUCUUACACGGAACAACACCGUUCAAAGGACCAGGGAAUAGAGACACGCUCCACAACGUUGUUGGUCGGCCUCUGAAGUUCCCAGACCUCCCUCACGUGAGCUCAGCCGCGCGUGAUCUCAUUCGCGGUCUUCUAGUGAAGGAUCCUCACAGAAGAAUCGCUUACACACGAGGAGCAACGGAGAUAAAGCAACACCCUUUCUUUGAAGGUGUGAAUUGGGCUCUGGUGCGUAGCGCUGCACCGCCGCACAUUCCUGACCCUGUUGACUUGGGACCGUUGACUGCUGCUAGAGGGAAGUCCAAGGGACAUGGAGGUAGUGAUCACUAUAAUAACCCAAUGAAGCCUGAUGCUCAGGUCGCUUGUGCUGCUGGGCCUGCUACUCCCACUGAUGAUACUGCUUAUGUAGACUUUGAGUACUUUUAGACACAGCAACACCCUAAGCUUGAGAGAUUCUAUAUGUUUUUCUUGUUCAUACUCUUAAUUUUUUUGACUAAUACAGUUUGUGCUAUGUAAAGAGAAACAAAUGACUUUAUUUGUCCACAAGAAAAUUACUGAAGCUUUAACUAGAGAUUGAUUCGAAUUAAGGGAAAACUAGGUGGUGGGUAUAAACAUUAAAAAUAAAUAAUAUAUUGUGUUUAUAAUUUUAUAAUUUUGAAAUAAUAACCAUAUCAUAAAAAAUAACCUUUCAAUUUUAAAUAGUUUGAAAAUCAAAAGUCUUAGUAUUGUAUAAUCUUUGAAGACUAUUGAGAUAUAGUGAUAAUUAUAAAAUUUUAAUUUAAGUUUCCAAAAUUUUUUUUGACAUAAUUUGUGACUAAUAAAAAAAACUAAAGAUUAAU